AUGACCGAUCUGGCUUUUCAGCUGAAUUUGAGACACCAAGUGACAAUAUUGGGAUACCAUUCCAAAGGGCCGCUCGUAAAGGCUGAACUCUCAGAAGAAGACAGGAAAGGAGUUCCUUUGCUGGUGUCAGCCCCUUAUAUCAGAUGUUUUCCUUUGACCUCUACAGUUGGUCUCCAGAGUGAUGAACCCACAAUCAGCUUUACAUUAACGAGAUACUUGCUGUUGGAUUUGGCACAAAUUGCCAGUCAAUCUGGGAUAGAGUGGGUGGAGCGGCCGGCUGAGCCACAGGAGCUGGUUGUGUUUAGUCUGCCCGGAUGGGUGGAAAGCGAGCAGCCAGACAAGUUUGGCUUGGUCCUGCUGGUCCUGCUUGGACCUUUGAGAUCCUUGCAACAUCGUUGGCCAAGGCGGCAGCCUCGGAAAACCUUCACUGUGCAGGCUGCAUCUGCGAAGAGCUCUGGGAGCCGGACUGUGCUUAGAAAUAACCCUUUGUUGACAUCACUGAGAAAUAAUGCAGUGACCUACAAUGAUGUGCAUGUCAACUUCACUUGGGAAAAGUGGACUUUGCCGGAUCCUUCCCAGAAGAGCCUCUACAAAGAUGUGAUGCUGGAGACCUACAGGAACCUCACUGCUAUAGGCUACAGUUGGGAAGACCAUAAUGUUGAAGAACACUGCCAAAGCUCUACAAGACAUGGAAGGUAUGCAAUAAGUAAUUCCAGAGAAAAACCUUCUGAAUAUUCUCAAUGUGUUAAAGCCUUUGUAUAUUAUGGUCAUCUUCAAAGAAUUCAUACUGGGGAGAAACUCUAUGAAGGUAUUCAGUGUGGUGAAUGUGGAAAAGCCUUUUCAAGACAUGGUCACCUUCUAAUACAUAAAAGAACGCAUACAGGAGAGAAACCCUAUGAAUGUAAUCAAUGUGGUAAAGCAUUUGCUUAUCACUGUUAUAUUCAAAUACAUAAAAGAACACAUACUGGAGAGAAACCCUAUGAAUGCAAUCAGUGUGGUAAAGAUUUUGCAUAUCACAGUAAUCUUCAAAUACAUAAAAGAACACAUACUGGAGAGAAACCUUUUGAAUGUAAUCAAUGUUAUAAAGCCUUUUCACACAACAGUGCUCUACAAAUACAUAAAAGAACACACAGUAGGGAGAAACCUUACCAGUGUAAUCAGUGUGGUAAAGCCUUUGAAGACCACAGUAGUCUCCAAAAACAUAAAAGAACACAUUCUGGAGAGAAACCCUAUAAAUGUAACCAGUGUGAUAAAGCCUUUGCAUAUAGCAGUAGUCUCCAAAAACAUAAGGGAACACAUAUUGCAGAGAAAUGCCAUGAAUGCAAUCAAAGUGGUAAAGCCUUUGGAUGUCAGCAUAGUCUCCUAAUACAUAAAAGAACACAUAAUGGAGAGAAACCCUAUGAAUGUAAACUGUGUGGUGAAGACUUUACAUGUCACAGACAUCUUCAGAUGCAUAGAAGAACACAUACUGGAGAGAAAACCUAUGAUUGUAAUCUAUGUGGUAAAGUCUUUGCAUAUCAGAGUGAUCUCCAAAUACAUGAAAGAACACAUACUGGAGAGAAACCUUAUAAAUGUAUUAGGCAUGGUAAAGCCUUUGCAUGCCACAAUCAUCUUCAAAUACAUAAAAGAGCACAUACUGGAGAGAAACCCUACGAGUGUAAUCAAUGUGGUAAAGCCUUUUCACAACACAGUAAUCUACAAAAACAUAAAAGAACACAUACUGGAGAGAAACCCUACGAGUGUAAUCAAUGUGGUAAAGCCUUUUCACAACACAGUCAUCUACAAAAACAUAAAAGAACACAUACUGGAGAGAAACCCUGCAAAUGUCAACAGUGUGAUAAAGCCUUUGCAUGUAUCAGUGGUCUUCGAAUUCAUGAGAAAAAAACACAUUCAAGAGAAAAACCCUGUUGUUUGCUUUAA